AUGUACUCGGCGAGAUACUCUCGCCGGGUCGACCUCCAGCGGGAGGAACUUGCAGAGGAUGCUCUGCGGGAAGCCCUCGCCAAGUCGAAGCGCCAAGCCCGGCGACAACUGCUCCUUGGUUGGGAGCAGCUCCUGAGCGAGCCAGACGUGGACGCUCAGAAAGUCGUCCGGGUCGUCCGACCCCACUUACGAGUGUGGUUGGACAACGGGGUCGGAUGCCUCACUUACCGUGUGACGCAGGUGCUUACCGGGCAUGGCUGCUUCGGUGAGUACCUGUGUCGCAUCGGACGAGAGUCAACGACGCAAUGUCACGCGUGCGGGGCGGCCAGCGACUCGGUGGAGCACACCGUGGAAGAGUGUCCACGGUGGGCUCCGGAGCGCCGAGAGCUGGUCGCCAUAAUAGGAGAUAAUCUCUCCCUGGAGAGCCUGUUACGGGCGCUGGCUUCCAGGGAAAAAGACGAGUGGGAAGCGGUUGUCUCCUUCUGCUCCGCGGUGAUGGAGGCAGCCGAAAGAGAGAGGGAAAAACUACCUCUCCAUCUGGAGAGACUCCAAAGACGUGCGCGAGCGGGUGGCGGGGCCCCCGUUUCCCGCGUACGUCCUAGAAGUCGUGGCGCGCCCCCCACCUGA